UAGAAUUAAACGUAACCAAAAACCAAAAGAGUGACCUAACAACAAACUAGUGAUGGCUGCAUUCCAGCAAACCACAGUAAACACUGUGAAUAGGACACAGUUAACUCAAAUGGGAUGUUUUUUUUAUUUUUUCCUUUUUACCAUUUCAGUUUUGCUCAGGGCACAAACAAAGGAUAACCACCAAGGCACGCCCUGUGUGACAUCAGAAGUGAGAGAUUAAGUUCACAAUUUAUCUGGCGGUGAAAAACAGCACCUCUUUAUAUGCUGCGACUGUGAAUGAGAGACUUCAUGCUGUUGUCCUGCACUCUAACGCGCUCUUAAAGGCACGCGUGCACACACACACGUGCGUGGAGAGGCUACGUGGUGAGGAGAGGUGCUCCACAGUGUCAGCAGAGAGUAGGCAGGGAGCGAGGCAGGCUGACGCAUAGAGAGCAGGCACUUCAGCUCUGUGGUGCAUGCAGCUUUUUCUCCUCAGGAUACACACAGACUGUUUGUGUGUGUGAUUCAUAUCAUCAACUUUACAAAUCUCACAGAAAGGACACGUGAGCAAGAAAAAAAUGGAAGAUUUCGAUUAUCACGACGAAGACGACUCCAUGUUAAAUGACAGUUAUGAUUACAGUUAUGAACACAGCAUUUGUGACAAGCAGGACGUGCGCUCUUUUGCCGGUGUCUUCCUCCCGGUCAUCUACGCCCUGGCUCUGGUGGUGGGCCUGGCUGGAAACGCCCUGGUAGUGGUGGUCUACACAUCAAAGGUGCGACUACGAACCCUGACAGACGUGUGCAUCCUUAACCUCGCCAUUUCCGACCUGCUGCUCCUCUUCACUCUGCCGUUCUGGGCGGUUGAUGCCGUCCAUGGCUGGAUGCUGGGUUCGGCAGCCUGCAAGAUCACCUCCUUCCUCUACAGUACCAACUUCAGCUGUGGCAUGCUGCUGCUGGCAUGUAUCAGUGUGGAUCGUUACCGUGCUGUGACCCACAAUCCAACAGGCAGGUCUGGAACCGAUCCCCGGGUGAGGAGACAGUGGCUCGUGGUGUGUGUGGUGUUGUGGGCUGUAGCCAGCUUUCUUGGCCUUCCUGAACUCAUCUUCUCCACGGUGAAGCACUCCCAUCACAGGAAGGCCUGUACAGCCGUCUACCCUCCCAGCAUGGCCCGACCUGCAAAAGCUGCCCUGGAGCUGUUGGAGGUGACCCUUAGAUUCUUGCUCCCUUUCCUGGUCAUGGUGGUGUGUUAUUGCUGCAUAGGUCGGGUGCUGAGCCGGGCAGCAGGUGUGCGGAGAGACAGGAAGUGGCGUGCCCUGCGGGUCCUGCUGGCUGUUGUGGCUGUAUUCCUGCUUACCCAGCUGCCCUACAACGUGGUCAAGCUGUGCCGAGCGAUGGACGUCAUCUACAUCCUCGUGACCGACUGUGAAGUCAGCAAGGGUCUGGAUCAUGCCAUCCAAGUGACAGAGGGCCUGGCGCUGUCCCACGCCUGCAUUAACCCUCUCCUCUAUGCCUUCAUCGGGUCCUCCUUCAGGGGACACGUACUCAAGGCUGCCAAGCGUCUUGGACAGCGACUUGGGAGUCACCCGAGACAUGUCAACGAGCAGCCGGCAGUGCAGAUUGCACUCAACACGCGCAAUCAAGAACAAUCCCAGUCUGGUUCAGAAGAACAAGACACCAGCACCUUCACUAUUUAAGACUUAAAAAUAUCUAUCUACUUCCCUUUAAACACAUAAACAAAAUUGUAUUUCUAUGUACAGUAUAUAUUUUGUUUUAGAAAAGAUAUAUGGCAUUAUUUUACUUAAGUAACCAGAAAUGUUAAUUCUUAGUUUCAUAAAUAUAUAUAAACAUGCAUGUACAGUGACUUUAUAUGCUCGAAGCAAAGUAUUUUGUAUAAAUUAUGUCUUUUAUUAAAUAAAAGAACAAAGAUCUUUAGUGAUACGCAUCAUUGCAAUUAAAUUUGGUCUGAGUCCUUCUCUGUUUCCUCACGACAAAUCCAAUUCAACCCUACAGUGUGCGCUGCCUUACAUGAGAUCAUCUGCAUCGCAUUUUAUUACAUCCCGCGGCUUUGGGCUCUGGUGACGGAUGAUAGCUUGAUUGCACAGUGGGUGACCCAUUGUGCAGGAAAACCAUUUGGCAGACAGAGACAGAACAGCAAACAGCAGGAAGGACCCCUCCGUGCCAUCAAACUGAGACACAGAAAAGAGAUGAGUUCCUUGGAGGAGCUUAAAGCGUGACGGAUGUUUUUAUUCACUUGUCUUUUUUCAUUUCAAUAACAUGAGCUUGAAAGAGCAAAUGGUUUGCAGUGGAGUAAAAUCAAUAGCUCUGUAUAAUGAUUUAAUAUUUUAGUGGUAUAUAAACGCUCUCUCCAGGCUACUACCAUGGUCUUUUUCCCCUUUGAAGACAUAUAACAUUAUGCUCAAGCUAACCCUAAUGCAUUCACCACAUAUCAAACCCAGGAUCAGAGCGUAGGCCAUAUUCCAAGAAUUAACAGUGCUUUUACUCUAGCUUUUACAAAUAGGGCUCUGCUUCAUUUGGCACAACAUCCUGACCACAUAGCUUUUAAAGUCCUUAAACAUUUCGUUGUUUACCAUUAUAUAUUAGUCAUCCUUUUUCCAGCGUAAAUGGCUUACAGCUUGGAUGCGUGAGAGCUGGACUCAAAAUAAAACACAAACUAGGUGUGGCUAACAAGAGACAAAAGUUUAGGCUACAGUUUCAACAGUCUCCAAGCAGAGGAAUGACUGAGUCCACAGGGAAUACAAGUAUCGACUGUCACCAUUGUUAAACAAGGAACUUUUUUCUUUAAACUCUCUAAACUCACGAUCGUGCCAUCACGAUCUGCAAUUGAUUGAAAUUCAUUGUAGUCGGAGCCAGAUGUUAAGCAGGCUGUUCUUAAACAGUAAAUGAGUAAAUAAUUAUUGGCAGGCAUUAAAUGUCUCAACAUUAUUAACUAGAACACCAAGUCAAAAGUUACCUAACAGUCUUAACUCAACAGUAUAACUUGUAUUCACGUUAUUGUGAUGAUUGAUCCCACUAGCACCACACUGUUAAGUUAAACAUCUGUACGUGGUCUGUGCCACUGUGAGUGUGUAUGCAAAUGCUAAAAAUUGCAGAAUGCAGGUCUGGGAAUCAUUUCGGUACAUUAUCAUGCCCACGGGACAGUCCUGUAAAACUUUCACGCCACAGAGCUGCUCUGACAACAUUUAGAGAACCUCCCAACUAGAUACUCAACUUUAGAGGAAGGAAAACUGCACGAUUCUGUCGUGUAUGUGGAGUACAGGCUACAUUUUUUAAGUGGACAGGCUUAUAUUUCUAGUCUAAUUUACAGUCCAUGACAAGUAAAAAAAAA